AUGUCGAUCUCUUCACAUGAGGCAGGAAACGAUGAGUCAGAGAGUGUGAGCGAGCAAAGCAAUCGAAGCAAUCAAGAUCAUACCGAUGAUGAAGAAGGAGAGGAGUUAGAUGAAGAUAGUCAGAGAUUUGAGCAACUUGCUCAUAGCAAAUCGCAAGAGGCAGAUGGAAAACGUUCCCGAGCUCAACUGUCAAAAGAGUUCUCUGCUACACCGUCAUCAUCAACUCUGCAAGAGGGUUCGGAUCCCUUCAAUGGGGGAUCUCCUGGCAAAUCUAGAGACAUCGAAGAGGAUGGUACUUCGCACUUGAACACAGAGCCAUACACGGAGCAACUCAAAUCCAUGGAUUUGAUCGAAUGUCUGAGAUUUUCAGCGACCCAAGAUGGCUUUUACACGGAUAACACCUACAGACCAGCCUUUACAUAUCUGAUUGGGAGAUUGCAGGAUUAUCUCAAAGAGUGGGACCCCUGGAGCAAGUAUUUCAUCAGAACCUGUCUUCGAAACGACGAUGCGCAUGUUUCAGAGCUCAUGGCAAAAGUGAGAAGAGACGGCCAAAAUGCCAAGAUUCAAAUCUGGGACAAGAAUUGGAUGGAUGUGUCGAAUUUCACCGAUCGAGAGAUUAUUGACAGGGUGGCAUCAAUGUAUGGAUUCAGUUACUUGUAUCUGUUCGAUCCUCCUGUCAUCGAUGAGAAGGAGUCUCAGAGGUUGAGAGAACUGCAACUAGAACUGAAAGUCCAUCACUCUGCAACCGAAAGUGAAAGAUUGAAUGCACAGCUCUGGAGAUCCAUCGAACAGAAUGACAUAUUCUAUGCCAAGAAAUAUUUGGAAAGAGGGGCCGAUGUCAACGCGAUCGACUCUUCUGAUGGGAUGGUGAAGACUUUGAAGAUGUCAUCGCCUCUCCUUUGUGAACUGUUCAACACGCACAGGCCUCUUUACACAAAGCUGUCUGUCUGGGACGAUCUGAAUGUGACAAUGUGUCGUGUGCUGCUUUUGCUAAGAGGAGCUCAUGCAGUGGUUGCUCUUAUCUUGGAAUAUCCGGCAGUCGUCGAUCUCCAGGAUGCCAACAUAGGGAAGACUGCACUGAUGAUCUUGCAUUAUUGCGCGCUCUGUCAGAACCAUUACAAGAAGACAGUGGAGUCCAUCAUGCAAGGGUUUGAGCAAUCUGGCAAGCAGCCGAACUUUACACAACCUGACAAGUUUGGAAUGUCCGCAUUGGACUUGGCGUACUAUCAAGGGCGGUCCUUCGUGUUUGAGUACUUGGAAUCGAUCGCGGGGAGGAGUGGUCUCAACACGGUGAUCGGACAUGAUUGGUCAAAACCUUUCAAACUGUUCCCUGCCCUGAAUGUCCCUCCGUACGUCGACAGUUCAGACUCGAAGUAUGAUCCUCAGGAGCCGCUUGCACAGGAGUUGAGCAGGGUUGCAAGACACCUCGACGAGAACUUUACGUUGGAAGAAUGCCUCUUAGAAGAGAGAGAGGAGUCGAACCCAUCAGAUUGGGAACAUCCAUCGGAAUCGAGAUAUCGGCCAUACCGAACUUAUAGAGGAAUCGGCAUGACAGUCUGGUCUUGCGCCAUUGGAGGAUGCGACUACUUCGACCACAGGAGAUUCAUGUCCAUCGACCGCGCGAUGCUCGCCCAGAUCUUGAUUCACCCAAUCAGAAAUCUCAAGCCAGAUGCUGUUGCCAAACUUGGCAAGAACUUUCUGAGGUUUUGUGCCAAGUGUAGGAUGGCAGUGAUGAGGGAGAUGCGAGACAAGCAGAGAAGGGUUGAUACAUGA